AUGGCAACAGCUCUGCUAGUCCCCUGUCUUAACUCUGCUUCCUUCUUCAACAACAAUGGACAAUCAAGAAAUCGCUGCUGUGCAUCAAUUCAGCCAUCCAAGGCCAGCUCUUACUCCAAACGUUUCAGAGUCAGAGCCCUGAAAGAGAAAACAGAGGAGGAAAUCAAAAACCCAUCUUCUGCUGAUUCAGCUGAGGAAAUUACUAAGAAGUAUGGCCUCGAAGCUGGUCUCUGGAAGAUAUUCAGCUCAAAAGAGGAAGGAAAGGAAGGUGUGGAAAAGAAGUCCAAGGGAGAUGAUGCCAAGCAACUGCUAGCGAAGUAUGGAGGGGCAUACUUGGCCACCUCCAUCGCUCUCUCCAUAAUCUCAUUUUCGUUAUGUUAUGCACUUGUCAGUGCCGGGAUUGAUGUCCAAGCUUUGCUGCAAAAGGUGGGAAUCUCCGGCAGUGAGACCGGAGAGAAGGUUGGGACAUUUGCUUUGGCAUAUGCUGCACACAAGGCUGCAUCUCCAAUUAGGUUUCCUCCAACAGUGGCUCUCACUCCCAUUGUAGCCAGAUGGAUUGGAAAGAAAGUCGAAAAGGAGAAAUGGAUCUUCCGGGAACACUUACCGGAACCUUCAACCCAAACUCCGCUGGUGAAACAAAUACAUGAGAUGGUUGGACAUCAUAGGUUCUCAGAAAAAAAGAGUCCACUUCUGCAAUUAGAUUCAGUUGGCCUCACCUUGUCCGACGCCCACGGCAACCUCCCCUACCUCGGCUCCUCCUCCUCCACGAGCUUCAUCUGGGAGUUCAACUUCAGCGACUUCGACGUCACGCGUGACCGCCACGCUCCCGACUCCGUCGCCCUCCUCCGCAGCCAGGGCAUCGACUUCGACCGCAACCAGUCCGAGGGGAUCGAUUCGGCCCGGUUCGCUGAGCAGCUGAUGUCAUCGGGGCUCGUCCUGAACGAGUCUGUGAGCUGGGUCACGUUCCAUAGUGCGUACGACUUCGGGUACCUGGUCAAGAUUUUGACCGGCCAGCAAUUGCCAAGUGGCUUGAAAGACUUGGAGGAGUUUUUGAAAAUUGUGAGGGUCUUUUUCGGAAGUAGAGUUUACGACGUGAAGCACAUGAUCCGCUUCUGUGAUGGCUUGUACGGAGGGUUAGAGCAAGUUGCGAAACGUUUGGAGGUGAACCGGGCUGUCGGGAAGUGUCACCAGGCCGGUUUGCUGACGUUGCAUACGUUUCAGCAGAUUACGAAAAAGUGUUUCGCUAAUUAUGACGAGGUAGAGAAGCACGCGGGAAAGUUGUUUGGACUGGCAGUGGUUUGA